UGACGUGCGGGGGUAGGGGGAGGAGGGACCGGCGCGUAGCAUCUAAAAACCGGUUAGGAAACCAGACGAACGCUGGAAGAUACAACGAAACACGGAUCAACCUGCUGAGCUCAUUAUCACAUUUCAUCAUGUCCGAGAGUACCAUUGGUGGAAGCUAUGAGGAGUGCCGUACCACAGCCGAUUGGCUGCUGAAACACACCCAGGUGCGACCCAUCGUGGGAAUUGUGUGCGGAUCGGGCCUGAGUGCGCUGGCUGACAUGCUCAAGGAUCCGCAGGUCUUUAAGUACUGUGACAUUCCCAACUUCCCCCGCAGCACAGUGCGUGGUCACGCUGGUCAGCUGGUUUUUGGGACACUAAAAGGGAAGCCAUGUGUUUGCAUGCAGGGCAGGUUCCACCUGUAUGAAGGUCACCCCAUCCAGAAGAUCACAUUGCCCAUGCGCGUCUUUAAGUUGCUGGGUGUCAAGACGAUGCUCAUGACCAACGCAGCAGGCGGCCUCAACCAGGACUAUAAGGUGGGAGACAUCAUGGUCAUCAAGGAUCACAUCAACAUGCCCGGCUUCGCUGGAGUCAACCCGCUUUCUGGACCCAACGACGACAGGUUUGGCGUCCGCUUUCCCUGCAUGUCGGACGCCUACGACCGCGAGCUGCGACAGCUGGCGCACGACGUGGCAGGCGAGCUCGGCUUCAGCGACUUCCUCAAAGAGGGGGUGUACUGUGUCCUGGGAGGUCCGUCCUUUGAAACUAUCGCUGAGUGCCGCAUGCUGCACUGUUUAGGGGGCGACGCCGUCGGGAUGAGCACCGUUCAUGAGGUGAUCGUGGCCCGCCACGCCGGGAUGCGCUGCUUCGCUCUGUCGCUGAUCAGCAACCAGGCGGUGAUGGACUACGACAGCCGGGAGAAGGCCAACCACGAUGAGGUCCUGGAGACUGGCAAGCAGAGGGCCAAGCAGAUGGAGGUUCUGGUGUCCACCAUGGUGGCUCGGCUGGACGACGACGAGAACAACGACAAGAACAACUCCUAAAGCAAUGGCCACCAGCACAGGUCUUCAGGGCCCACUGUACUGCAUGGUUUAGAUGUUUAGAUGUUCUCCCUGAUUCAGAUGAUCCCACUUUAUCCUCCUGCCACCAGGUUCUGCAGAAACCUGUCAAUAAGUAUCCAUUUGAAUCAGGUGUGUGGUAUCAGGGAAGCAUCUAAAACUGAUUGUCCUGGGGACUAAAUGCUGAUGUGCCUGAUUCCAGGUCAGAUGCUGAUCUGUGCAUCACAGAAAAUUUAGAAACUGUUACAAUUCUCAUAAAAGAGUUUAAACCACAAGGCCAGUCAGCAGACUCUGUGACUGGCCUUGAGGCUUAGUCAAGUACUAUUUAAACAAAUCUACUUUUACACACUCCUCUUUUUAUACGCUUUCUAUUUGAGUUGUUUAGUUUAUUUGUAGUUUUUAACAGAUUCUUGCUGUGCUGCUCUUCACACCUAACUAGUUUAGCAUUUCUGUAACUUUAUUUUAAAACUAUUUAUUGUCGACGCUCAAACAUUCCCUAAUAUCAGUGUGGAACGAUACUUUUUAUUGAAGCGGACCAACUCACUCUACGUCUGCAUGAAAUGUUGACAACUGUAAAAGUGAGAUGUAAAAUGAUCUAAAGUGUUUAUGUGAGAUGUAUUUAUGUGAUGGUUGGGAUUGUUUGGAGAAUUAGCUCUAAGAAGGGAAGCCGUCCUGCAGAGGGCGGUCACCGUUGUGUUUAAGUGUGAGGUUAAUGUCCUUUCACUGUGUCAAGCAACCUGAUUAUUAUUAGUCCAGUUUUAUUUUAUUCGUAUUAUGUUGCAAACUCAACGAACAGGGCUCCAAAUUUCUAAUAAAGUACCUGGAAUCAAA